AUGGCAGCAGAUGAAUAUAUUGGUAUCGAUCAUGCUCUAAUUGAUGAUAAUGUGGAGCUAACUGAUGACGAUAUUAUUGCAAGUAUCCGGCCACCAGAGACUAAAGACCAGUACAAUUCUGAUGAGGAAAACCUUCCUGUUAUUCCACCAAUUAAAGUAUUGGAGUCUCUGGAACAUGUACUUAUGUUUUUACGAAACCCCCCAGAUGACUUCGAAAUUGAAGAAAAAAGUAUAUCCGGAGUAAAGAGUCUUAAACGGGCAAUUUUUGGGUACCAUUUAAAAACCAAAUUGCAAGCUCCUGGAGACGGUUGUGAAGGAGUCCGACAAUUUAACCAAACUCGUCAGCGCUAUCUACAGCAACUAGAAGCAGCAAUUGAGAAUUAUCCAUGUUGUCCAAGAGAAGAGUUUACAAUCCGUGCCGAGAUGUAUCUCAAGAAUUCAAAAUUUUCAAUGGCCGACAAUGUUAUUGGAAGAGAAAAAAAUCUUAACGACGAAAACCCUUUUCGUGAGGAGCCAAUAACGACGAAAGCCCUUUUCUCUUCAUAA